GCUGGCAUUUCUGGACAUCAGCGAUGGAAAUAUAUGAGGGAGUCACAGUCGUUUCCCCCAGGAUCAUUAACGUUGCACCACAGACUCUGUGAGCGGCCUUAUGUCUAAUUACUUCUCCCUUGAACUUCGAUCCGGCAUAAAAAUAAAACGGAAAGAUCAGGUCGUCGAUCUGUUGACGUCUCCGCGGUAAAGUGAACUUUCAAACGGGUUCACAGUAGUUCAUAUGAGCCGCUACAGUUGGACUGAGCUGUUCGUCGACAAGGACCGUUUUCUGCAAGUUGUCUUGAGUAAUAACCCUCUGGCCAUGAAGCUGGAAAUCCGACGGUACCGUCCCUCAGACAAGGACACGGUGUUCACUCUGUUCAGCAUCGGCAUCAAGGAGCACAUCCGUCCAUGUUUUCACAAAGCCAUGACCAGCCCUCUUUACCUCGCCAUCACCCUGGCUCUGUGUGCUGCUGGAUACCUCCUCAGCUCUGUGUUAGGGGCUGUGGUGUUACCAGCAGUUUGGGUAGGCUUUGUCUACUACUGCUCUUAUAAGCUAUAUGCCGACUAUGUCAGGGAGAGACUCCGGACAGACAUGCAGGACAUCCCUGGGAACUAUCUGAGCAGACCGGAUGACUGUUUCUGGGUGGUUGAGGCUGAAGUUGAUGGGAGGGCGCAGAUCAUGGGUAUGGUGGCUGUGAUGGCCAAACAAAGUGGGAAAGAAAAGUACGGCGAACUGUUCAGAAUGAUCAUCUCUCCACUGUGCAGAAGGAUGGGCCUGGGCUUCAGGAUGGCUCAGAUCGUGGUUGACUUCUGUAAGGAACGAGGCUUCUCCAAGGUGGUGCUGGAGACCAGCUCCACCCAGACGGCUGCCGUGGCCCUAUACGAGAAACUGGGGUUCUGCCACAUCCUCUCACACACCAAAACAGAGGCUCCCUUGUGGGUUGUAACACUGGCCAAAGUCACAGUUUUAAGAAUGGAAAAAAAAUUGUAGGCCUGAAAUAACCCUGAUCAGCCACUGUGAUGUUCCUUUUCUGUUCCUCUUUAUCAGUAGUUUAAGCUUUUGCAGUGAUAAUACUUUACUAAAACUAUUAUUAGUAAGCUAUGUCUCACAAACACUCUGUUUCAAUAAGUUUUAAAAUGUGUUUCACUUGUACUGUAUGGACGACCUAUUCGUUGGUCUCAAACAUGACACAUUGCUGCUCUUCGAAGUUUAUUGGAUCAAGAGUCAAGAUUCACCAGAUAGUGGUUGUUGUUCAAAAGUUUUAGGCAGGUGUGAA